CUGUGAUUGUGUAACACAGCAGUGUUGGAGAGCAGAGGGGGAAGUUUCAGAGGCUGGGGUGCUUUUAUUCGGAAAGAAUGGGAUUCGUUUCUUUUGUCUAACUUGGGACAUUUUGCCAACAAUCUUUGGACAGCCUGUGUUUGGAAGGGUUCGAAAUUCUGCUUGGACUCAAUUACACAAACAGUCCGUUUUUUCUGCUUCUCGUGGAAUUAUUGGUUAAUUGUCCUGGAGGUUCUUGAGGUUAAUUGUUAAAGAAGCUGUUUUUGAUUUUUUGGGUGUUUAGUACGCCCGUUUCCCGCGCCACAUACGCGCUCCAUCCCAGCCUACAUCAAUAACAACAACAUCGAGCUGAGAGGAGAGGAGCUUGUCGCGCGCGCGGCGGCGGCAGCCAAUCAGCGGCCUGGUUUCUGUUCAGCAUCUCUGACGGCUUCAACCAUCGGGUGGACUCGAGCGCAGGCGGUAGGGAGGAAAGACACCUGAAGGCUUCUCGACGCGCUAAAAUGGAUUUGUAGAAUCGAAAGCGCGCUGGAGGAUUGCGUCACCAGCACAAAGAGAAAACAAAAGUCAGCAAACUUUACCACUUCACAGAAGGAACCAAAUACCCGCUCAACGAUGGCAGAUCAGAAAGACAAUAUAGAAGACUUUAAGGUCCAGACGGCCAAGCACCCGAACGCCGGAUCAGUUGCUUUACGGCCGCACAGUGAACACUCGAAAGACCGGAUGUCUAAAAGGCUUUCGACUGAGUCCAAUGGAACCAGUGACGGAGGCGCCGGCUCCUCCACGCCAGUCGAGUUGACCGCUUUAGAGGAGUCGUUUCGACGGUUUGCCAUCCAUGGAGACACUCGCGCCACUGGCAAGGACAUGCACGGCAAGAACUGGUCCAAACUCUGCAAAGACUGUGGCGUGAUUGACGGCAAGAACAUCACUCUUACUGAUGUGGACAUUGUCUUCAGCAAAGUAAAGAAGAAAACUUGCCGCACCAUCACAUAUGACGAAUUCAAGGUUGCACUCGGUGAGCUGGCCAGGAAGAAAUACAAAGACAAGACGGGGGAGGAGGCUGAGGCGGAGGUCUUUAAGCUGAUCGAAGGGAAGGCGCCGGUCAUCGCCGGAGUCACAAGAGCCGUGGCGUCCCCGACCGUCAGCCGUCUGACAGACCCCACCAAGUUUACCGGCUCGCACAAGGAGCGCUUCGACGAAACCGGCCGCGGUAAAGGGAAGGCCGGGCGGGUAGACAUAGUUGACACUUCAGGAUACGUCUCUGGAUACAAGCAUCGAGGGACAUAUGAGAAGAAAGUGAACAAACCCACAGAGGGUAGACCCAUGUGAGGGCGAAGAGAAACAUUUCAUCCACUACCAGGAUGAUUUUAUAUUUAAAAAAAAAACAUACUUAGAAAGCACAAAAAAAAAAGGUUUCAUCUAUUUUCCCGCUCAUCUGUUGUGUUUUUUUCUUUUUGAGGAGUUCUUCUCUUUGUGUAAGAACUGGAAAAAUGUUUACAGCUAUUUUUACAAAGUCGUCACCAGCUGGUACAUUCCUGUCUGAUAGCAAGUGACUGCCAAAACACGAGAAGAACAAAUGCAACUGCAAUGCCAUGAGUAUUCAAAGUCUGUUAUGAUAGGACCUUAUGUUUAUCGAGCACAACGAACAACAUGCCAAGAAAAGCAGCAUUGCAACCGUCUGAUGAAUUAGCAACAUUGCACUUUUUAAUAGAAACAUUUUUACUACCAUAUUUAGCUACAUUACAUUAUUCAGCACCUAAGGCGUUUUUAAUCCGCUUUAGCUUCAGCUGUGAUCGGCACACAGGUAACUGAUGUUUGCUGUAAAAGCCUAUUUCCUAUUAAGCAGUGUUGCACUAUGGCUUAAAAAAACCCUGUUCAGUCUUUUAAUUAAGUUCAAAAGGUCACUGGAGCAGAAAGUCCUAAGAUUACUCGUAUUUAUUUGAGUCACACCUCUAAAGAAAACUUUGAAAGGGAUUGCUUUUACAUGAAACUAAAGGGAUCAUUUUUCUCACUACUUCCUUUUACACACAAAGAAAAUUAGGGCACCUAAAUGUGUUAGCACUAUUCCCAACUUUAAAGAAUUUGUCUUUUUGCUCAACCGAGACAUAUUUGCGUUGUCAGCUUGUGUUUAAAUGUGUCAUAUAUUUUACUCUUCAUUUAGACAAAAAAAAACUCCAUCCCUUCAUGCUGCGUGUGGCUCUUCAUGAAAUCUUUACUCUCACUGUGUUGACGUCUCAGAGUCUGCACAAAAGUGUAAAAAGCCUUUUCAUUCUGAUAAAAGUACUAACUCUUCAACAAAAGAAAUGUUAUUAGACUGUAUUUUUAACAUUUUCUCUUUAGAUUAAAACUAAUCAACCCUGUGGCAAGACUGUGUAAAUAUUCAGACAUAUUUAGCCGCGCACCCUAAUUUAAAUCACUGGUUGUGUGUUUUAAAUUUUCCUGUGAUGUGUACUUUUUUUUGCAUGUUCUGAAUAUAUUGUUCCAGGGCCUUUAUGGAUGAAAACUCUGAAACUGCUGUGCCAAACUAACAACUGUUGUGCUUAAAAUGUCAUUGAAGCCGUGGGAUACUGAUAAAAUCUUGUGUUGCUUGAAAUGUUUGCAAAGUAAAUUAUCCUCGAAUGCAACUCUUUUUGUCUGUACUGUUAAUGUUUGGUUAUCGAACUGACGAAGCAGGGUUUUUUUAAUGUUUAUUUACUAAGUAUUCCACAUGAAAGGAGAAACAAACAAGCCACUUUUGUAAAAUAUUUUUCCAAGAUAACAGUUUCUUGUGUAACGCACUACCUGUAGCCUCAGCCGAUGAAGAGUCAUGCAUCAAAACUAGCAGCUCGGUGUGUUUUUGUGUCUGCUGCGAACGCUGGAGUAUCGUUUCUGUGCUUCUGAUGCCAAAUAAUGUGCACUUUUAUUGUGGAGAAACAAUAGUUUUCCAAGUCCUUUUUAACAUGCUCAUUGUGACCCAGUGCAUGCCGUGUUUCAGCGUCUGUCCUUGAUCUCGAGAUUUCUCCAGGUGUGUUCAUGAUUUAUAGUGCUUUAUUCAAAAAAUAAAGAAAUCCCAACAUG